CUGCUGGCAGGAUCCGUCAGGUUUCCCCUACGCUAUUGUAUAGUGAAAAAAGGACCAGCUAUUCCCUGUGAGCUCAAUUCACACACACACACACUAUCCUCCGCUCCCCGGCUCUGCUCCAUCUCUCCCCCAGGAGCGGCUGCCGCUGCCGCAUUCCCAACUUAUGUGAGCAGGGACGUCGGAUUUUCUCUUGUGCAAGGGAAUUCCUUCAGGAAAGAAAUAUAUAUAUAUUUUUUAUUUUUUUGCUCAUCUCUCCUUGCGAAUAAGGGAUUGACCCGCGAGGAAUUUUGUGCCGACAGUUGUGCCAGUAGCCUCCUCUGUAAAUGCCAACAUCAGGACCAAAACUUCUGCUUCUCCGCCUGCUUUGGAACUGAGGGUUUUCGUGGGAGGGGGGCAAGAGACGCUGUAGCCGGAUUUGGCCGGCACUGAGAUCUCAAGCCUUUGUUGAAGAGAUAAUUUUGUUCUCAGAGAAUAAGCGGAGGGUUUAUUUCCAGAUAUAGUGUGUAUAUGCGCCUCUGUCGGAAAUGGCAAUUACACUGAGACUCUUUUGGCUUCUGGGUUUCUUGGCUUCUCAGGUUGGGGCAAUGCAUCCUUACUGCAUAAUUAAGAAGGAGGAAGAAGCUUGUUUGGAAAAAAUUCAGAGAUAUGAAAUUGAAAUGUGGAACGACACACAACCUGGAUGCCCCGGUAUGUGGGAUAACAUUACGUGCUGGAUGCCGGCCGAAGUGGGCAAAGUGGUAUCUAUCCGAUGCCCGGCGCUGUUCAGCAUGCUCGGCUCAGAAGAUGAAAUGGACUUUGUUGAUAGAAGCCUGGGCUGGGCUCCAGAGAACCUUGAGGAGCAACAAUCAGCUGGAAUAAUCACCAGGAACUGCACAGAGAAUGGCUGGACGGACCAUUUUCCUCAUUACUCGGAGGCCUGUGACUUUGAUAUCAAUGAAACGGGACCAGACCAGGAUACCUACUACCUGUCUGUAAAGGCUCUCUACACCGUGGGGUACAGCACCUCCCUCGUUGCACUUACGACAGCAAUGGUAAUUCUCUGCCGAUUCAGAAAGCUUCACUGCACAAGGAACUUCAUCCACAUGAACCUAUUCGUCUCAUUCAUUCUGCGGGCGAUAUCCGUAUUCAUUAAGGACGAAGUGCUCUACGCCGAGCAAGACAGCAACCACUGUCAUCUCUCAACCGUGGAAUGCAAAGUCGUGAUGGUGUUUUUCCACUACUGUGUCAUGUCCAACUAUUUCUGGCUUUUUAUCGAAGGGCUUUAUCUCUUUACACUCCUCGUGGAGACCUUCUUUCCAGAAAGGAGAUACUUUUAUUGGUACACCAUAAUUGGGUGGGGUACUCCCCUGAUUUGUGUGACCAUAUGGGCAGUUCUGAGACUUCACUUUGAUGAUGUGGGAUGCUGGGACAUGAAUGAUAACUUUGCUCUGUGGUGGGUGAUUAAGGGUCCAGUUAUUGGAUCAAUAAUGAUAAACUUUGUGCUGUUUGUGGGAAUCAUCAUCAUUCUUGUUCAGAAGCUUCAGUCCCCGGACAUUGGCGGCAACGAGUCCAGUAUAUAUUUCAGCUGCUUUCAGAAAUGCUUCUGUAAGACUAAGAGGGCUAACGAGCACUCUUUCAAGAUGUCAGAACUGUCCAUCAUUACACUGAGGUUGGCUCGCUCUACCCUGCUGCUCAUCCCGCUGUUUGGAAUUCACUAUACCGUAUUCGCCUUCUCCCCGGAAAAUGUCAGCAAGCGAGAGAGACUUGUGUUUGAAUUGGGUCUCGGCUCAUUUCAGGGUUUUGUUGUGGCAAUUCUGUAUUGCUUCCUGAAUGGAGAGUUUCUCCCUAAAGGUGCAAUCAGAAAUAAAGAGGAAAUGGAGGAGUUGGAAAGUCAACCGGUACUUUGCUGUGGAUUUCAAACACCGCCAUCCGUCUCUGGCGAGCAGCGGAGUGAACGGAGGGACACAACUGUCCAUUCUGAGCAAGAGCAGCUCACAGAUUCGGAUGUCCAGCAUAAACGCAGAGAACCUGGGGACAUGAGUCCUCAAACCGUCUAACCAUAUCCCAAGAUUGAGUUCCGUUUUAUCCCUUUUUCCUUUAGUUUUAACAUUUUACUUUUCAUUCCAAAAUGAGCAGUAGGGCAAAAAAAAAAAAUGGACAACCCAACGAUGAGAAGCUGAGGGGUAGAAAAGUAACAAUGUUUGUGAAAGAGGGCAUUCAUUUUCCAAGUAUUCCACGAAAGGAGCCAUUUUAUGCCAGUCAUUCCCCUACCUCCAUUGCUGGUAUUAUCAGUCGGGGUUGGUAGUCAGCCACGAUGUCUCAGACUGGUAGUCGCGGUCUAAUAUCAAUGUAAAUAUUCUCCUCUUCAAGUUGAUAGGCACAGUCACUAGAGAGAAGCUUAUGUGCCAUAACAAAGUGUGGCCGUCACUCGACGUGUAUUAUAGCUUGGUAGAAAAAAAAACAAAAAAAGUAAUGUUUGUUUGCCUUGUCUUUCUAUAUGUGGCACUAGAUGUGUAGUAGAUAUUUUAUUAUUAGGGAAGAACUUUUUUUAUUUCUACUUUGUAAAUAAAUUGAAAAAUGUGAAGUAAGUGACUUAACAUAGAACAUGCAUAGAUUGCACUGAUUACUUUAGUGGAUGCAGGGUCGUACAGAUGGAACGUUGGGUACAGGUAUGGGAUCUAUUAUACAGAAAGCUCGAGACCUGGGGGGGGGUUGAGAUAAGGGGGGUCUUACCAUAAUGUGGAACACCACGCCUUAAACCGACAUAUAGAUGGUAAAAAGGAUUCAAUGGAAUUUCGAUGUAAAUCGAUGAAAAUUGGAGAUGACUUUGUCUGAGAGAUAGUUUUGCUGUAUUUCUGGAUGACUAGAUACUAGAUUCCCAUACCUGUAGUCUAUAAAUAUAAUGUGGGUGUUCUGGUACUAUGGUAAGAUAGCCUCAGACCAACCUGCAGCCCCAAGCUGUUUUCGGAUGAUGGCAGUUAUUUCCUGCAACAGCUUGAGGGAUACAAGGUGGACAAUCUAAACAUAGUCACCUCCUUCAAUGUCUUGAGGGACCAACCUGUAGCCCCAAACUGUUUUCAGAUGAUGUCAGUUAUCUCCUCCAAUAGCUUGAGGAAUACAAGGUGGACAAUCUAAACAUAGUCAUCUCCUCCAAUGGCUUGAGGAACUAACCUGUAGCCCCAAACUGUUUUUAGAUGAUGCCAGUUAUCUCCUCCAAUAGCUUGAGGAAUACAAGGUGGACAAUCUAAACAUAGUUGUCUCCUUCAAAGGCUUGAGGGACCAACCUGUAGCCCCAAGCUGUUUUCAGAUGAUGGCAGUUAUCUCCUCUAACAGCUUGAGGAAUAAAGGUGGACAGUCUAAACAUAGUCAUCUCCUCCAAUGGCUUGAGGGACCAUCCUGUAGCCCCAAGCUGUUUUCAGAUGAUGUCAGUUAUCUCCCCCCACAGCUUGAGGAAUAUAAGGUGGACAAUCUAAACAUAGUCAUCUCCCCCAACAGAUUGAGGGACCAUCCUGUAGCCCCAAACUGUUUUUAGAUGAUGCCAGUUAUCUCCUCCAAUAGCUUGAGGAAUACAAGGUGGACAAUCUAAACAUAGUCAUCUCCUCCAGCGCCUUGAGGGACCAUCCUGUAGCCCCAAACUGUUUUCAGAUGAUGUCAGUAAUUUUCUCCAACAGCUUGAGGAAUACAAGGUGGACAAUCUAAACAUAGUUGUCUCCUUCAAAGGCUUGAGGGACCAACCUGUAGCCCCAAGAUGUUUUCAGAUGAUGCCAGUUAUCUCCUCCAACAGCUUGAGGAAUACAAGGUGGACAAUAUAAACAUAGUCAUCUCCUCCAACUGCUUGAGGAACUAACCUCUAGCCCCAAGCUGUUUUCAGAUGAUGGCAGUUAUCUCCUCUAACAGCUUGCAGAAUACAAGGUGGACAAUCUAAACAUAGUCAUUUCCUCCAAUGGCUUGAGGGACCAUCCUGUAGCCCCAAGCUGUUUUCAGAUGAUGUCAGUUAUCUCCUCCAACAGCUUGCAGAAUACAAGGUGGACAAUCUAAACAUAGUCAUUUCCUCCAAUGGCUUGAGGGACCAUCCUGUAGCCCCAAGCUGUUUUCAGAUGAUGUCAGUUAUCUCCUCCAACAGCUUGAGGAAUACAAGGUGGACAAUCUAAACAUAGUCAUCUACUCCAACGGCUUGAGGGACCAUCCUGUAGCCCCAAGCUGUUUUCAGAUGAUGUCAGUUAUCUCCUCCAACAGCUUGAGGAAUACAAGGUGGACAAUCUAAACAUAGUCAUCUACUCCAACGGCUUGAGGGACCAUCCUGUAGCCCCAAGCUAUUUUCAGAUGAUGUCAGUUGUCUUCUCCAACAGCUUGAGGAAUACAAGGUGGACAUUCUAAACAUAGUCAUCUGCUCCAACGGCUUGAGGGACCAACCUGUAGAUCCAAGCUGUUUUCUGAUGAUGGCAGUUAUCUCCUCUAACAGCUUGCGGAAUACAAGCUGGAAAUAUAAACAUAGUCAUCUCCUCCAGCGGCUUGAGGGACCAUCCUGUAGCCCCAAGCUGUUUUCAGAUGAUGUCAGUUAUCUCCUCCAACAGCUUGAUGAAUACAAGGUGGACAAUCUAAACAUAGUCAUCUCCUCCAACGGCUUGAGGGACCAUCCUGUAGCCCCAAGCUGUUUUCAGAUGAUGGCAGUUAUCUUCUCCAACAGCUUGAGGAAUACAAGGUGGACAAUCAAAACAUAGUCCCCUCCUCCAACGGCUUGAGGGACCAUCCUGUAGCCCCAAGCUAUUUUCAGAUGAUGGCAGUUAUAUUCUCCAACAGCUUGAGGAAUACAAGGUGGACAAUCUAAACAUAGUCAUCUCCUCCAACGGCUUGAGGAAUUAACCUGUAGCCCCAAUUUAUUUUUAGAUGAUGCCAGUUAUCUCCUCCAAUAGCUUGAGGAAUACAAGGUGGACAAUCUAAACAUUGUCAUCUCCUCCAGCGGCUUGAGGGACCAUCCUGUAGCCCCAAACUGUUCUCAGAUGAUGUCAGUUAUUUUCUCCAACAGCUUGAGGAAUACAAGGUGAACAAUCUAAACAUAGUUGUCUCCUUCAAAGGCUUGAGGGACCAACCUGUAGCCCCAAGCUGUUUUCAAAUGAUGGCAGUUAUCUCCUCCCACAGCUUGAGGAACACAAGGUGGACAAUCUAAACAUAGUCAUCUCCUCCAACGGUUUGAGGGACCAUCCUGUAGCCCCAAGCUGUUUUCAGAUGAUGUCAGUUAUCACCUACCACAGCUUGAGGAAUACAAGGUGGACAAUCUAAACAUAGUCAUCUCCCCCAACGGCUUGAGGAACCAACCUGUAGCCCCAAACUUUUCUCAGAUGAUGUCAGUUAUUUUCUCCAACAGCUUGAGGAAUACAAGGUGGACAAUCUAAACAUAGUUGUCUCCUUCAAAGGCUUGAGGAACCAACCUCCAGCCCCAAGCUGUUUUCAUAUGAUGGCAGUUAUCUCCUCCAACAGCUUGAGGAAUACAAGGUGGACAAUCUAAACAUAGUCAUCUCCUCCAAUGGUUUGAGGAACACAAGGUGGACAAUCCAAAUGUUCCACUAUAUCGUCAUGAAGAUCUCAUGGACAAUAUUAAGGCACCAGCCUUCACGGUGUGAUAUUGGGACACUGGAGCACUUCACAGCAACAGCGAACAGAAAAAAAAAACUAUAUUGCCAAUUAAUAUUUUUUCACAAAUAUAAACAAUUAAGACGGAAAUGCCUAUUUUCUGACAGUUCUAUAACUUUGCCUUGUUAUUCAGAGUCACAGCCAGUACAUAUUUUCUUAUGUCCAACCGCGAUGAUGUCAAUGUUACACUUUAUACAAUGCAGAAGGGUCAUUUUAACAAUAGCCUAGUUAUAAAUUCAGAUACAGAAGAACAGAAGAAAGAACACUGGAGAUGUCUAUAGAUAUAUAUAUUUUAGUUUAUUUUUAGUGAGAAUUUAACACGGUAUUUGAAAAUAUCGACAUUUUACGAAGUAUCUGCCGAUCAGUGGGUGAUGCGAUAAAUGGUCUAUGCUCUUUGUUCCUUGAAUGUAAAACAUUACAAAUACCCAUUGCCGUAUUUUUGUACAUGUGACGGGACCAAGGCAACUCAAGCAGAAAUGCAGAAAAUGUAUAUAAAUGGGGAAUGUAAAGAGUACCGGUCGCCAUUUGUGCUCCGACUGGGAACGAAAGGGAUUGUGAUACGUAUCGUGCCAUAACAUGUGUUACUGAGCCAUUUUGAUUGUCGUCCAGUAAUAUUUUAUGUGUUAUAAAUACUUUUUUUGGCUGUUUUUAUUGUACUAUAUAUUAUGUGUGAUGCUAAUCUCGUGGCUACGUUUUUUUGUACAUGUUAUCGGAUAACCGACAUUUUCUUUCUCAAAAACCGACUUCUGAGUUUAGUAAAAAGAAUAAUGACAUUCA